AUGCUUGUCACAGCUCUGUUAUCCUUAAUAUCCCUGGCAUGGGCCUCACCUCAUGCAACGCCUACUACCUUACCUGGAAAGUCUGCUUUCGAGACCAAACCACUGCCAGAUGCUCCAGGAAUACCCCAGAACUGGGCUGGCCGGCUUGACAUCCCUGGGACACCUCAGGGAAAUUCACUCUUCUUUUGGCUUUUCUCUGCCGAAGACAUGGCCUACGAUGACAAUCUCAUAAUUUGGUUGAAUGGUGGCCCAGGCUGCUCCUCACUCAUUGGGGCAUUCCUUGAAAAUGGCCCUUUGCGAUUCUCGGGGAACUCAACCAGACCAGAGAAAAACCCAUAUUCAUGGACCAAACUUGGCCAUGUCUUAUACAUCGACCAACCUGUGGGAACCGGCUUUGCAUCCGAAAAGGUUCCAGUUACCUCGAAUAAACAUGUUAUAUCGAACUUGUAUGAAUGGCUAGUUGCAUUUGACAUGGUCUUUGGUCACAUACUCCGGACGAAAAAGGUGCACAUUGUGGGAGAAUCAUAUGCGGGAAUCUACGUCCCGUACAUCGCCAGUGAAAUUAUGAAGCGCAAGAGUGAACUGUCAGUGAACCUAACAUCAAUUAGUAUUGGCGAUGGGACAAUUGGCUCCAACACUGGCAUGUCCUCUCUUGGGAUUGUAGGGUUCCUUGAGGAACAUGCCUCGAAGUUACGUAUACCCCAGGAUAUUAUGAACGCACUCUCAUUCGGAGACCAUGCAUGUGGCUUUGAAACGGUUCGUCAACAGGCAAGGGUUUAUCCCCCUAAAGGGCCAUUCCAUUUACCUAGAGGGCUUGGACCUUCCAAAAAUGACUGGGCUAGCAUGAUGUUACCAAUGGGGGUAGAUGAAAGUCCGGAAUCAUGCAAUAUACACCCAGAUACACCUGAGAAAAUCAAGUUGUCAAUAUUUAAUUCGACGUGCUAUGGCCAAUGUGCAGUAUACGAUACCACAGCGGACUAUUUAAGCUCCCGGGAAUGUUUCAGUGUAUACAAUAUCAACUACGACUGCACCGCCAUCAACCCUACCCCGGCCCUUGAAGCAUACUUUAGUCGAGCGGAUGUACAAAUCGCAUUAAACCUCAUGCACCCGAUGGAUGAAUUACGCCCCUUUGAGGCAUGCAAUCGUGGCAUUCUUGCGACGCUCAUGGCACCGGCUAAUCGACCGGUUCCUCCGUCUUAUGACAUCCUUCCGGACCUUCUAACGACCCAUAAGCUGCCUGUUCAUAUCUACCAAGGAGGUUUGGAUUUGCUUAUCAAUCAUGUUGGGGUUGAGGUUACCAUUCAAAACAUGACAUGGAAUGGAGCCCAGGGCUUUCAGGAGUCACCACACUCGAAGUUUGGCAGGCAGAAAGAUAAAUCGGAAGGGAUGUGGAAUGAAGAACGAGGGCUCAGCUAUCAUUUGUUCUUUAAUGGUGGGCAUCUUCUGCCAGUGGAUCUCCCUAAAGAGAUGUUCCAAUAUGUCAAAGACGUUAUUCUAAAACAGUGA